AUGGACAAUCAUUCUUUACCACCAAAUUCAAGAUGCAAUGACAAUACUUCCCCGCCACCUAUAAAUCAAAAUGAUCGAAAAAGAAAGCAUCAUCCAUUUCAUUUCCCAUUACUUAACUUUGAAAAAUUCUUUUCGGAAGAAGUUGAGUUUUCAUUACCAGCCUCUUUCAUGAUCAAAGAAAGGCAAAAUGAACCUUGUCAAAACGUGAACAUGACGCUUGACAAAGUUCCAGAUGACGAAAACUCUACCUCAUACUCUUCGACCUUUAGCAACAAAAAGACAAAACAUUCUAAUACCGACACUACAAUAAAUACGAAACUAAAACAAAAAAAAUCUUCCCCAAAUGCUCGCACACGUGUGAGAAAAUCCCGUAAGAGUUCGCGCACAUUGCUAAAGUUUGGGGAACAACCAAUUUCCUUAUUGCCAGAGGUAAAUUAUGAGAAUUAUAACAACUAUAACCAUGAUAUAGUUAAUACUCCAUUAUUUACCGAGAAAAUGUCGACAUCUUCUGUUUUUGUUGAUGGAUCGAUAGAAAUGGAGACGACACAAGCGUUUGAUGAAAAAUUCUUAGAAAACUGUUUUUCAGCUCACGUAUCAACCUUGCUUUUAGCCGCUGAAUACUUAGACGAGCGUUAA